GGUUAGGAGCUCCCUCUCCUGGAGAGCCGUUUUCCUCCCGCGAGACGACCCCCCCCCGAAUGUCUGAGCUUUUCCCCUCUUCCCCUGAGGACCAGGUGGCUCGUGGGGCGACCCCGCGGCCCUACAGGUGCGACUCGGGCGACUUUGGGGGCCUGCGGGUGGCGCGCGGCGAGCGGAGACUCUUAUUUUGAAGGGCGGCCCCCACCCGCCGCCACCCCCGUGAUUUGCACGCUGACCCAAUGGCGAGCCCUUGGCCGGCGCCGGGCUUGUUAUCAAUUACAUGUUGUUCCUGCUGCCGCUGUGUCCCCGGGAGGAUAAACAGCAGGCCUGGCCUGGCCUGGGGAGGGGGCGGAGUCCGGCCGGGGACUGUGCCCGGAACAACGUGUCCCCUCCCCCUGCACGCAGCCUGUGCCUCUGGCGGUGCCACGUGCAGCUGUGUUUUAGGAGCUGCAGCCCUGCACGGCCCUUCCCAGAGCAGCCCCAAAGCGCCUCCUGGUCUUGCAGCGAGUGUCCCUUGUUGGGGACACCGCACUAAGACGCUUUGCCUGACCCCGGGUCACCGGACCCCCGAGGCACCUUCCCCUCACUCCUUCGGAACCUUCUGCCAGGCCCUGUCGCUAGGAUGUAGCCUCGGACCGAACCGGCAGAGCAGCUAAGAUUCGGGUGGGGAUGAAGGCUGGGGGCGAAGUUUGCAAACACAUGACCCAGGCCGUUUCGCACACCGUUCUCUGAACCCCUCCUGGGCACCAGGUGCUGGGGACACAGACAUGGAGAGACAGGCAUUAGCUGAGGCUGCCUAGGGUGGCGAGUGUCCCAGAUGGGAGAACAGCGGCCUCGUGAGCUGCCGGGUGCCCUGGACGUCUGCCGCCGCCGGCACGGCCCGGCCAGCAUGGUGGACCACAUGCUUCCAGUGGACGAGAACUUCUCGCCGCCGAAGUGCGCCGUCGGUUACCUGGCUGGCCGGCGGGAAUACCACGUGCUGCCUUCGCCCCUCUCCGAAGACGACAGCGAUGCUUCCAGCCCCUGCUCCUGUGCCAGCCCCGACUCUCAAGCCCUCUGCUCCUGCUACGGCGGAGGCCCAGGUGCCGAAGGCCAGGACAGCAUCUUGGACUUCCUGCUGUCCCAGGCCACCCUGAACGGUGCCGGCGGCGAGGCCUGGGGUCCCUGGCGAAGGGCGCCCACGACCGCAAAGGGGGAGCAUUUCUACUUCCCCAAGUGUCCCCUGGGCGACCCCGAUGACGUCCCGAGGCCCUUCCAGCCCACCCUGGAGGAGAUCGAAGAGUUCCUGGAGGAGAACAUGGAGCCGGAAGUCAAGGAAACCCUUGAGGACGCCGGCAAGGACUCGGAGGCCUGCGGCCAGCUCCUGGCCGGGCCACACCGGGCAAGAGAGUGCCGCGCCUCUCCGCCGGGUGGCGCCGGCGCCCAGGGCCCGAGCGGGGGCCCCGUCCCGGUGCUGCUGCAGAUCCAGCCCGUGCCCGUGAAGCAGGAAUCCGGCUCAGGGCCCGCCUCCCCCGGGCAGGCCUCCGAGAAUGUCAAGGUCGCCCAGCUCCUGGUCAGCAUCCAGGGCCAGACCUUUGCACUGGUGCCGCAGGUGGCGCCCUCCUGCAGCUCCAGCCUGUCCUCCAAGUUUGUGCGUAUCGCCCCCGUGCCCAUCGCCGCCAAGCCCGUCGGGUCGGGAGCCCUGGGGCCCGGCCCCGCCGGCCUCCUCGUGGGCCAGAAGUUCCCCAAGAACCCGGCGCCGGAACUCAUCAAAAUGCACAAAUGCACUUUUCCCGGCUGCAGCAAGAUGUACACCAAGAGCAGCCACCUCAAGGCCCACCUGCGCCGGCACACGGGCGAGAAGCCCUUCGCCUGCACCUGGCCGGGCUGCGGCUGGAGGUUCUCGCGCUCCGACGAGCUGUCCCGGCACCGGCGCUCGCACUCGGGCGUGAAGCCGUACCAGUGCCCCGUGUGCGAGAAGAAGUUCGCGCGCAGCGACCACCUCUCCAAGCACGUCAAGGUGCACCGCUUCCCGCGCAGCAGCCGCUCGGUGCGCGCCGCCAACUGAGCGCGCCGCCGGCCCCGCCCCCGUCUGUCUUCUUUUGGGGAGGAUCGCAAUAAUGCGCCACUUCCGGAAGAGCGUGGCGAUGUCACCAGCCCACCUUCUGCACCCGGAGCCCGCCACCCUGCUGCCUUUCUUGGGGGAGCUUCAGCCCCGCUGCGCCCCUGGGGGCUGGGCGCACGGGGCUGGGGCGCACGGGGCUGGGGGAGGCCUUGGUGCCUUCGCGGCGCCUCCCUUCCGCGCUGCAGCAGCUGAUCGGAGAAAGGGUUUUGGGGGGGCCUGGCCCACCUCCCACUGGGCUCCCCAGCGGGGCCAACGCCAGCCCAUGGUUGCCCGGGACAAUGCAACGUGCGCUUUUGAAAUGUCGCCUUCCCAGAGGGAGCCGCGCUGGCGGAGAAGGAAGUAGGCCAGAGUCCAGACUUGCGCUGUCCUAUGAGAGCCCCUCGGUCCUCCUCCAGCGUGAUCACCAGGAGCCAUGGGCAGGGCCUCGGGGGCCCGGCGCUGGGAGAGCCGGAAAGUGUCCCCCGUUGGGUGCUGCAAGUGCAUUUGCUAAAGCGUGCGGGACAGACAGACAGACAGACAGAGCCGCAGGGUCCGUGCCCGGCGUGGCUGGCCUCUGCUCCGGUGACCCAGACAAAUCCGGAGGCCAGCCUCCAGGGCACCUUCCCGGCUGGCCGGUUGCGGAAGGACUAGAUAGAGCCCCCCCUCCCCGUGCGCCCCGAUUUAGAGAUGCAUUCCUUCCUCUGUCUAGAAAUUAAUCUCGAAUGAGCUAGCUUGUCUUGGCAGGUUUAUUUCACAUCCUAUGAAUGUAUGUAAAUAAACUGUACAUAGGUACAUCUA